CCAUGGCGCAGCAUCCUUUGCUAGAUUCCCUACAGUGUACCAUCCCAGAGGGCCAGGGGUGCCUCGAGUACCCCCCGGCAGAGAAGGUUCUCUCCCAAUUCUUGCAGCUUUUUGCAAGCAGGGGAGCCAGCAGUGAUGCCAAGGCAGGCAUGAUCAGAGACCUCCUGGCCAUCUUGGAGGCUGUGGACUGCCAGUGGCUCUUUGGGUGCUGCCACCCGAAUGCCACCCCCACCCUGCUUCGUGACCUGGCAGUUGCGCUGAGCCUCUAUGCAGCGCCACCCCAGCAGGAGCCAGAGGGAGGAGGGCUCCCCAGUGGUGACCCCUCCUAUGCUGCGGUAGCCAGCCGAGCAGCAGAUGUCAGCCUGGGUUUCAUCGGCAUCGUGGCCAAAGUGGAAUCGGCUAAAGGCCUCGAGAGACUUGGUACUGCGGUGGUUGGUCCCGUCUUGCGCCAAGUGGUAGGGCCCUUGUAUCUUUUUGCCGUGACACACGUUGCAGAGAGGUUGUGGACCACACCAAAAACUCGGCGCAUGGCUCAAGAGCUGCUGGAUGGUCUCCUUCGAGCUUCAGACUGCCAGUCAGUACCUGAGUUCCUGAGAGGCGCACGUGAAGAUGAAACAGGGUGGUUGGCGGUGGUGAUGCAGUGCCUGAAACCAGACUUGACCAAAGAUACAUGGCAGCGCAGCCCAGCAACAAAGCAUGUCUUCUCCUACACGCUCCAACACGUCACAAGGCCCUGGCUUGGCCCUCACCUGGAGAAAGUCCUGCCGCCGUCGCUACUGCUGUCGGACGACUACCGAGAGGAAAAUAAAAUCUUGGGAGUGCAGUGCCUACACCAUAUCAUUCGAAAUGUGCCAGCGGCUGACCUCUGCCAGUAUAACAGGGUGCAGGUUGUGUACAAUGCCCUUUUCAACCACCUUUAUAGCAAGGAAGCCCGGCUCAUGCAGGUUGUGUUGCUGUGCUUGCUAGACUUGCUUCCCAUCCUGGAGAAGGCCCCACAGCGGCUGCCCCACAACCCCCAGCUUGUCGCACCUUCCAAUGAGGUGCUCCAGCUGGUCCUGACCCACAUGGAAUCGGAGCACCGGCUCCCCUUACGGAGGGUGUACGCCAGGAACCUGCCUGCCUUUGUGGAGAGGCUCGGCAUUCAGAUAGCCCGUCAUCUGAAGAGGUUGCAGCGGGUGAUUGUGGGAUACCUGGAGGUCUCCGAUGGUCCCGACGAAACGGCUAGAUUGGCAACAUUAGAAACCUUGAAACACACCAUACAGCAUGCCUGGCCCAGAAUGUCCUGCCGCCUCGCUGUCCUUCUCAAGGCGUUGCUGAGAAUGAUGCUGGAUGUGGCUACAGACAGGAGCUUAACACCAGAACCAGUGAAAGCAGAGUUACUCCAGAAAGCCACUGAGUGCCUUAUCUUACUGGAUCACGCUUCUCACGGACAGGUGAAGGUCCUACUAGAAGGAGUCCGACGCAGCUGUCAAGAUGAGACCCUCAAGAAAUGCCUAAGAAAAGUGAAGGAGGAGCCUGUAGAAAGUAUCAUCCCUCCCUGAGCUCAAGUGGGGAGGCUUAUAUUCACUGUAUUCAAAGUUGUAAGGAAGAACAUUCCUAGCUUUUAAGACUCUCAUGCUAUACAUAAACUGUAAUAUUGGAGAAAGCAGGGCAUUAAGUAAAAAAAAAAAG